AGAACCCCCAUCAACAAGAUAUGCGAAACUUUCGGUGACCGAGACCAGUUCGUCUCGUUUCAGGCGCAGCGAUGGGAGUCCUACCGGGGGGACGCCGUUCAUGGCCGCUGCUCUUCUUCAUCCUCCUGUCGGAGGGACACUUUCGAUGGGUGGAGGCCCAGCACUGCGUGUGGUACGGUGAGUGCGGGGAGUCCGAAAAGGUGCCCGGAAAAAAGUACAACUGCAACUACACCGGUCCUUCCCUCCCUCUGGACCCCAAAGGCUAUGACCUUCUCACGGAGCUUUGCCCCGGAUACGACUACGGAGAGCGACGCCUCUGCUGCGACGUCAACCAGUUGAACACCCUCAAAGGGAGCCUCCAGCUGCCCCUUCAAUUUCUGUCUCGGUGCCCUGCCUGCUUCUUCAACCUGAUGAACCUCUUCUGCGAGCUGACCUGCAGCCCUCACCAGAGCCGCUUCAUGAACGCCACCAAGUUCAAUGCCACCAAGAUCAAUUCCACCAACGUUUUGGAAGUGGAGUACUACAUCGGAAAGAACUUUUCCAACGCCAUGUAUAAUGCCUGUAUGGACGUCCAGGCACCAUCCAGUAACGUGAAGGCCUUAGCACUGCUGUGUGGAAAGGAUGCAAAGGACUGCAACGCUACCAACUGGAUCCAGUACAUGUUCAAUAUUAACAACGGACAGACUCCUUUUUCUAUCAUCCCCAUAUUCUCAGACGUCCCGGUGUCUGGUCACACGCCCAUGAACAACAAGACGUACGCCUGUACAGAAGGCCUGGAGGACGGUUCGGGUCCCUGCUCCUGUCAGGACUGCGCCAAGGCCUGUGGCCCCAAACCCGUGCCCCCCCCUCUUCCCCCUCCCUGGACCAUCCUUGGCAUCGACGCCAUGACCCUCAUCAUGUGGAUCUCUUACGCGGCCUUCCUGUUCAUCUUUAUCGGAGCCGUGCUGGGAGCUUGGUGUUACAGGAAGAGGACCAUCAUGUCUGAGUACGGCCCCAUAUUGGACAGCAAUAACCCACUCUCUAUCAAUAGCAAUAAUCCUGACCAAGUAAACGCGUCGUGCUGUGAAACGCUGGGCGAGCGCUUCGAGAACGCCCUGCGUGUCCUCUUCAGUUCCUGGGGUUCCUUCUGCGUGCGCCGCCCCACCCUGGUCAUACUGGGCAGCCUGAUACUGGUGGCCGCCUCCUCCGGGGGCCUGUUCUUCAUGCGCAUCACCACCGACCCCGUGGAGCUGUGGUCCUCUCCCUCCAGCCAGGCUCGGCAAGAGAAGGACUACUUCGACAGCCACUUCGGACCCUUUUUCCGAACGGCGCAGCUCAUCAUCACCACGCCGCUCACCGACACUUUUAUUUACUCCCCGUACUUCGGAGGGUCGGACGUCCCAUUCGGAGCCAUCCUGGACAAAGACAUCCUGCACCAGGUGCUGGAUCUUCAGCUUUCCAUCGAAGGCCUCAUAGCGACGUACGAGGGCCAAAGCGUCACCUUGAAGGACAUCUGCUUGGCUCCGCUGGCCCCUUUCAAUAACAACUGCACCAUCUUGAGUGUGCUCAACUACUUCCAGAACAGCCACGCCGUGCUGGACCACGUCGUCGGGGACGACUUCUACGUUUACGCCGACUAUCACAGCCACUUCCUUUACUGCGUCAGUGCACCGGCAUCCCUCAACGACACCACUAUGCUCCACGACCCCUGUCUGGGCACCUACGGGGGCCCCAUCUUCCCCUGGCUGGCCCUCGGGGGCUACGACGAAACCAACUACAACAACGCCACGGCUCUGGUGAUCACCUUCCCACUCAACAACUACCUGAACGACUCCGUGAGGCUGGGCAAAGCUCUGGCCUGGGAGCAAGAAUUCAUCAAGUUCAUGAAGAACUUCAACAAUCCCAACCUGACCGUCGCCUUCAGUGCCGAGCGGAGCAUCGAGGACGAAAUCGACCGAGAGAGCAACAGUGACGUCGGCACCAUCGUGAUCAGCUACGCCAUCAUGUUCAUCUACAUCUCCCUGGCCCUGGGUCACAUCAACAGCUGCAGGAGAGUGAUGGUGGACUCUAAGAUCUCUCUGGGCAUCGCGGGCAUCCUGAUUGUGCUCAGCUCGGUGUCCUCCUCGCUGGGGCUCUUCAGCUACUUCGGCGUUCCCCUCACCCUCAUUGUGAUCGAGGUCAUUCCUUUCCUGGUGCUGGCGGUCGGGGUGGACAACAUCUUUAUUAUAGUGCAGACGUACCAGAGGGAUGAGCGGAUGCCCCAGGAGGAGCUUCACCAGCAGAUUGGCCGUAUCCUUGGAGACGUGGCCCCGAGCAUGUUUCUCUCCUCCUUCUCGGAGACGGUCGCCUUUUUCCUCGGAGCCCUGUCCAACAUGCCCGCCGUGAGGACGUUCUCUCUGUUUGCCGGCUUGGCCGUUUUCAUCGACUUCCUGUUGCAGAUCAGCUGCUUCGUCAGCUUGCUCGGCCUGGACGCCCAGAGGCAGGAGGGGAAUCGGCUCGACAUCUUCUGCUGCGCGAAGCUGCCGGACGGCCAGGAAGAAAAGAAGGACAGCUUCCUCUUCCAGUUCUUCAGGAAGAUCUUCGCCCCGUUCCUCCUCAAAGAGUGGGUGCGACCAAUCAUAGUGGCAGUUUUUGUGGGAAUUCUCUCCUUCAGCAUUUCUGUGGUGAAUAAAGUGGAGAUCGGACUGGACCAGAAACUCUCCAUGCCGGAUGACUCGUACGUGCUGGAGUACUUUAAGAACCUGAGCAUGUACCUCCACACCGGCGCUCCGGUGUACUUCGUGGUGGAGGACGGUCACAACUACAGCAGCCCGGAGGGCCAGAACGCCGUGUGCGGAGGAGUCGGCUGCAACAACGACUCUCUGGUCCAGCAGGUCUACGGCGCCUCGCUCAUCAGCGACUACACGACCGUGGCGUUCACGCCGUCCUCUUGGCUCGAUGACUACUUCGACUGGGUGAAGCCUCAGUCCUCCUGCUGCCGCUACCUCAACGCCAGCGGGGACUUCUGCAAUGCCUCCGUGGUGAACCCCUCCUGCGUUCACUGUCGGCCCAUGACUCCCAGUGGAAAGCAGAGGCCAGAAGGAGACGACUUCAUGCGGUUUCUACCCAUGUUCCUGUCGGACAAUCCAAACGUCAAGUGUGGAAAAGGCGGCCACGCGGCCUACGCCACGGCGGUCGACCUGCGUCCCAAAGGCGCCGGCGUCGGAGCCACCUACUUCAUGACGUACCACACCAUCCUGAAGGAAUCCCCCGACUACAUAGAGGCUUUAAAAAUGGCUCGAAUCCUGGCCGACAACAUCACCCAGACCAUGGGCCACAAAGUGUUUGCCUACAGCAUCUUCUACGUGUUCUACGAGCAGUACCUCACCAUCGCCCGCGACACGGCCGUGAACCUGGGCGCGUCGCUGGCGGCCAUCUUCCUGGUGUCCGCGGUGCUGCUGGGCUUCGAGCUGUGGUCCGCGGCGCUCGUCAGCCUCACCAUCGCCAUGAUCCUCGUCAACAUGCUGGGCGUCAUGUGGCUGUGGAGCAUCAGCCUCAAUGCCAUAUCCCUCGUGAACCUGGUCAUGUGCUGCGGCAUCUCGGUGGAGUUCUGCAGCCACAUCGUUCGAGCGUUCUCCGUCAGCGUGAAGCCGAGCCGGGCGGAGCGGGCGGAGGAGGCGCUGGCUCACAUGGGGAGCUCGGUGUUCAGCGGCAUCACGUUGACGAAGUUCGGAGGGAUCCUCAUCCUGGCUCUUUCCAAGUCGCAGAUCUUCCAGGUCUUCUACUUCCGGAUGUUCUUGGCCAUCGUGCUGCUGGGCGCCGCGCACGGCCUCGUCUUCCUCCCCGUGUUGCUCAGUUACAUCGGUCCCUCGGUGAACAAAGCCAAAGUGUUUGCUGCUAACAAGCGCAACGCCGGUACAGAAAGGGAGCGCCUCCUCAACUACUAGCGGGCCGAGACCAUGAACAAUGAGCCACUUGUCUGAAAAAGGGUGUGUGUGUGUGUGUGUGUGUGUGUGUGGUGAGCAGUGACACACUCAUCAUCAUCAUCAUCAUCAUCAUCAUCAUCAUCGCCGCCACUACUAUGCACGGAUUUAACUCAGGAAUAUAUACUUUUGGAUUAGGGAGUGCCCGGACUAGUCCAACUGCAAACAUAUUGACUUUCUCAGAAGACUUUGGACCCCCCCUCCCACAACCCCUUCAUGGCUCCGCCUCCUCACACUACAGUAAAACGGGCUGACUGCAGCAUAUAUUUUUUUUUUUAGCACGACCAGAAAUUCCUCUUUGAUUGUAGGAAGUAGGACAGAAACCAACCCCCAAAACUAAAAAGGGUCAAACUGGUUUUAGUUUUACAUAUUUUUUAUAUAUAUAUAUAUAUAUAUAUAUAUAUAUAUAUAUAUAUAUAUAUAUAUAUAUAUAUAUAAUGGCACCAAGUGGAGCGAACAGGUAUACCAUAAUGUCGCUGGCCCCCAUAACACCUGGCAUCAACGUCACAUCCGGGGGUUUACGUACUUUUAUUAUGAAGCGUUGGACGGCAAUGUUUACACAACAAACAUGACGUUUGGGGUUUUCAUCUUAAUGUUUUUUUUUGGGGGGGGGGGGGGCACGUUCACAUCCA